ACGUGCCUUAAAUCCAGGCGGGAACCUAAGCAAGUCUCAUUGAAGACGUCCUGUGUGGGAAGGUUUUCUGAUUGUUGUCAUUGUUUUAACAGUAAAUCUAACAAACAUGGUGCGAACCAAGGCAGACAGCGUGCCAGGAACAUACAGAAAAGCCGUUGCAGCAUCUGCACCCAGAAAAUCAUUGGGGGCUUCCAGCUCAGCCAAUGCAUCAAGCAGCUUUCAAGCAGGCACCCCUUCUAAGGGAAAAUAUGCUGGUGGAAAUCCUGUGUGUCCCCGGCCUACCCCAACUUGGCAGAAGGGUAUCGGGGAUUUCUUUGGGGGUCCAGGCAGGAAACCUGAAAAGGAAAACCAGCUUCCUGUCAUGGAGGAUGAAGAGGCAGGAGGCAGUGGAGUAUCAAAGGCACCCAGGAAAUCCAGACAGUUGCCCAGUGACGGUGAGGAAGAUGCUGAUGAAUGAACUAUGGAUGCUUUCAGAAGUCAUAAGCCAUGGCUACUAGUACUUGAAAGGGCUUAGCUAUUUUUCUAAAUGUAAAUUUCUUGUAUAUAAUUACUGGCAUCUAAAAAAAAGUGUACAGAAGCUAAUAAACUUUUUCUUCUUUUUUAACAUGCAUUUUUUGUGACAUUCUAAACUCCAAUAUGCCUCACCUAUUAAAUUGGCUUUUUACUCUU